AUGAGACGCGUGUACCCCCUACAUACAAUAGUACCAUCAGAGUCAAAACCAAUCAACGACACAUACCUCAACCGCUUCCUCAUUCUCGCCUCAAUCAAGCUUCUCAAGCAUUUCCGUCCGCGCAAUGGCGGUAUUCUUUUCCUCACUGACAAGAUUUGUGUCAAAUACGGUCCUCUAAAGAACCUUUCGGAAGCGUCUACCAUGCAGUUCAUUCGUCAGCAUACAUCUAUUCCGGUGCCGAGGAUUAUCUGCUCUUUCACGCGCAAAGGCUGGACAUAUAUCGUUAUGGAGAGGAUUCAUGGAGAUAUGAUAGGGCGUGGAUGGACGUCUCGAGCACAUGAGUCUAAGGCAAAGAUACUAUCUCAACUUAAAGUAAUGGUCGCCGACAUGCGCAAGAUAGCUCCUCCAAACUUGGCGGUUUGUAAUGUCGAUGGUGGAAUACUAUACGACUCUAGAAUCUACGGCCCGAUGCAAUUUGGACCUUUCAAAGAUAUUCAGGAUUUUCACAAGCACCUACGAGGAGGACUGGAAGCCCAUGUGGACAACCCUGGUGAUUCUGGAGCUAUAAUCCAGUACCUGGAAGAGGUGUACGACAAGGAGAGGAAGCUGACUUAUGACUCGCUCAACGAGAAGUAUCUGCUUAACCAGUGGCAUCACUUCCAAACAAGUGGCCAAGGCCCUUACUUUGGACAGUGUGGAUGGUUUAACGUCCUCCAUCAGGAAAAGCUCCCCUCUGCUAUCGAGCGCUACACAAAAGAGGUUCAUAGCAUCCUCGGAGUUCUCAACAAUGCUCUUCAGGGCAAGAUCUGGCUAGUCGGUGACAAAUGCACCUUUGCUGACCUCGCAUUUCUACCUUGGAACGCCCGUCUUGGUGCCACGCUCCUCACCCCCCCAGGAGAAGAUACAUUGAAGCAGUAUCCUAACGUUCAAAUAUGGCACAACCGUAUGCUGGGUCGCGACUCGUGGAAGAAGGUAAUGACUACUAGAGACAAGCUCAUGGACGAGCAUGGCCUUCAGCCAAAUGGAAUGCCAAAAGGGAUCAAUAACAUGACUGAGUAUGAGGAACUUAUGACGAAUUAG